AUGGCGAACCACGACAAAGGACGCAGAAAGUGGGGAGAGAUUUCACAAGAAAACUCAAUCAAUUUGAAAUUUGAAAAAGAAAGAUUAGCAGCAAUGCGAGGAGGAGGUAAUAAAGCACCACCUCGAGCACUUUACAGACCAGGUAGUGGACCUUUGCGAAAGUCUGGAAGAUCUGAUGACUUUGAUCAUGAAAAUAAUUCACAAGAAAGGCCUAAAAUGCCUUCAGUGCAAGAUCGUUUAAAGCAAUCACACUUCAGUAAUCCUAGCCAAUCCAAAAUCAGUUCUAGAUUACAAGUUGAUAGUUUAAGUGAUAGAUUAAAUGAUACACAUAUUAACACUAAAAAUCAUGUUGAUGGUAAUAAUGGUCAAAGUACUUCUAAAAACCAUCAUUCUAGUAUAAAUGAUCCUAGAAAAAAAAAUAAAAAACCAGAACAACCGUUAUAUGUACCCAAGAAAGUAAAGGAAGCCAUGGCUGAACAUGAAACAAUAAACAAACCAUCUUUAGAAAACCAUUGGGACAGAGAAAGAUCCAGCAGUAGAGCAGACAGAGAUUGGGAUGUUCAAUCAAAUCGUAAUAGAAAUGAUACUCAUCCUAGUAGAAAUAUGCCUAGUAAUUUUGGAAAUCAAAAUGAUGGUAGAGUUAAAGAUGAGCAUUCAAAACGUGGAAAUCGUAGAAAUAGAAAUGUAUCCGAUAAUGAAGAUCGCAGGAGAACAGAGUCCCCUGCAUCAACUAGAAAUUUUGGUAAUCGUAAUAGAGAUAAUCCUCGAGAAAUUAGACAAGGAUCAGAACCGCUUUUUAUAACAGCAAAAAAUUUAAAUGAUACUGAUCGGAUAAGAGAUACACGUAGUGUUGAACCUCUUGGAUAUUCAGAUAAAUUUCAAGGAAAGCCGCCGUCCGGAAAACGUGGGGGUAAAGAAAUUACCAUGCCUAAAAGAUUAAAUCCUGAAAAUUUACCACCACGUUUACGUGCCAAAUAUCAUCAAGAACAUGGUAUAACCCAACAAAAUAGUUCUAUUGGCACAUCAGAAGGCGCUUGGGAUGGAAAUUCACUGACAUUUCAAGGCUCAACACCUCGCUAUCCCGUUAUGCCACAUUCGCAAACCAUGCAAAAUUUACCGCCGAGUGGUUCUGCACCCCCGCAAUCAAAUUGGUCAAAUACUGUGCCAGCUCGAAGCCGAGGCAGAGGUAGACCUAGACCAGAAGAAUCACAGUCACCUCCAGUUUUUAGGCCUGUUACUCCUGAUGAAUAUACAGCGCCAAGUUCAAGAUCACAUACGCCAAGCCAAGAGUACGCGAACAGAUCUCAUGAUCGUCGUGGAAGCAAUAGCACUAUGUGUACGAGUAUGGAGAGCUUAAGCCGUGUAGAUAGUUUGUUGAUGCCUCCACCAGCAUCUUCUCCAGGUUCUUAUCGAUCUCAAGUAACUAGAUGUCAAUCACCUGUAAAUAGUCGUAGACGUGAAUCAAUUCCUUCAUUAAACUCACACCGACCUUCCCAUCAAACACAUAAAAUAAAUAAUAAUAUAAGUGAAACUAAUUCUAUGCAAGAAAAACCAAAAUCUCAACAAAAAUCAAAUGUUAGUCCUACAAAAAGUGAACCUUGUAGUCCUGUGCCUGAUGAUAAGUCUGAAGUAUUGGAUUGGUAUGAAGAAGUAGAAUUAAGUGAAAGAUUGGAAGCAGAACAAAUGAGUCGUAGCUCUUCUAUAAUGAGUUUACGUGACAAUGCGAAUGCACCCGCAAUUCAGCCGCCAACUGGAGGAAGAAGCGGGAAAAGCAGGAGUUCUAAAAAAAAGAAAUCAAGACGAGGUAGAGAUAAAAGUAAAGAUAAAAUAGAAGAAAGUAGUCGAGAGCGUCAAAACAAUCAGCAAAAUAGAGAGAAUGAUAAUUAUAACAAUAACCAAAAAAAUAGUUCUAGUAGUAGCAGUAAUAAAAGGUUCGAGGGUAGGAGAAGAAAUUCACAUCGUAGUAGAGAUAGACAGUGUAGCAAAGAUAGGAAUUUCCGUGGUGGUCGCGGUGCAGAUGACUUUUAUAGGAAUAGAACGACAUCUCAAAAUAUCGAAGAAAAUUGGAGAGCUGGAAGAACGUCAAUCUGUGAAUCAGACGACGGCCGACGAACUCCUUUAUCGCAUUCCACACCAGUUACAAGCUCUGGUCCAAGUUCAACACAUCGUCACUCCCCUUCAACUCAUACAAAUUCUCAACAACCUGGUGUCUUAGUUUUACCUGAUCAAACACACCUGUCUUCAAAUGCUCCACCCCCUAGACAACAACUCUCACAACAACAGAAAAGAAUACUGUUUGAUCCAAAUAAUCCAAAUAAACCUAUAAUAGUUAAUUCUCCUGGAAGUAGAGCUAGCGGUCAACAAAGAGAUAAUGAUUUACCCGUUCAACCUGCCAGUACUCCCGUAUAUCAUCCUCACACGAACAUGCAACCUAUUAUUCAUCAUGGUUUUCAAAGCACUCUAGUUGAUAAUAUGUCAAUGUCACACAUCUCAGAUCAAUUUGGGAGUAUGAGGCCAGUUUGGUAUGAUCCAUGUUCUGAAAGUUUUCGAUCAUCAAAAAAUCCUUAUUUGCUUUUGGAUAUUGGACGAGCAGAUUCGGAACUACAGUACAUUCUCAGCUCUACUGACAUUACCUCGAGUUGGGAUCAAAUAUGUCAUAUAAGGAAUUUUCAUCAAGAAAGUUUGAAAACUUUGUUGGUUACUGAUCUUAAGUUUUGCGAAUCUGAAAAUAUAGAGCAGCAUUUUUGGAAAAUUGUAUUUUAUAACAUAAUAGAAAUACUAAGAAAACCACUGGCUAAAGAAGAUACUGAACGUCGGGAGCAGCAUAAAAAACUUUUAUUAAAAUUAGUUGAUGAAGGAACAACGUAUUUUACUAGUUUACUCACGGUUCUUGAAACUACUUAUCAAUUCAAACACGACACUUAUUUAACAUCUACAAAGCCACCGAAAGGCCUUGGUAUGAUUGGUUUGGCAUUAAUCAGUGCUCAAAAAUUGUUUCUAUUUCUGGGUGAUUUAGCAAGGUACAAAGAGUUGGCUACUGAAUCGGCAAAUAACGGCAAAUCAAGACAAUGGUACCUGAAAGCACAACAAAUUAAUCCGAAAAAUGGAAGACCUUACAGUAAAUUAGCAUUAUUGGCAACUUAUGCUAGGAGAAAAUUGGACGCAGUUUAUUACUACAUGCGAUCUCUGAUGGCUUCAAAUCCGUUCCCGUCAGCUCGCGAAAGUUUGAUUACCAUGUUUGAUGAAAAUAGGAAAAAGUAUCUACAUUAUUACGAAUCUACGGAGCGUAAAAGAAAGGAGGAAAGAGAAUUAAAAGAAAGAGCAAGAAUGAAGGAAAAAGAAGGUGCUAAUCUUAUUGGCGGUUCGCUCCGACGGGAAAUUUGGAUUCACCCUGAUGGAAAGAGAAUGAGACGUACCACAUCAGCCACAACUUCUACGGACUCUAGAAUGGAUAAUAGUGAUCUGGAAGAUCUUACAAUGCUUACGAGCGUUGAGUUAAACAAACGUUUCAUCACCUCUUAUCUUCACGUACACGGCAAAUUGAUCACCAGAAUAGGAAUGGAAACGUUCCAAGAAGCUGCCAUUCAAAUGCUCCGCGAGUUUCGCACGCUGCUUCAUCACACACCACUGCCGUUGCCAGGCACGCGACUUCUGCAACUACUGGCACUCAACAUGUUCGCCAUCGAGACAACACAGCUCAAAGAUUCACAAAUGGAGCAGGGAUACCGAUCGGAGGUACAGGAGCGCGCGCUGGUGGUGUCGCUGCAGAUGUUCAAUUUGAUCCUGGAACGAGGCGUCAGCCUGUUGAAGGCGCAGCUGGACAACGCCGAGCGCCCCUGGCUCAUCGUCGUCGAGGAUAUGCAAAUACUUUUGCCCGCCAUCAAGAUUUGGUGCGACUGGAUGCUCUGUCACAGUACCGUCUGGAAUCCGCCGCCUUCCUGCGCUGAUUAUCGCGUUGGGCCCCCUGGAGACGCAUGGAGUCGGUUGGCGACCAUGGUCAAUCUGUUGGACAAAUUGGAGUACUCGCAGGAUCUGCUGAUCGACUCCAAGGAUGCUGCGGCGCGCGAAGAUGAGCUGAAGCUGGUGAGGCUGCCGGAGGACACGACGCUAUCCGGAUUCACGCCACUCAUGUCAAAUCCACAGGAUCCGUUCUACGCCGACAAAAAGGAAGACAUAGAAGUGGUGCAGGUUUGCCUGAGGAUAUACAAGAUUCUGUUCUUCGGGCAAGUGUUCCUCUGCGGCCUGGAGACUCCAGUGCUCAAGUUGCAGAAAAGCGAGACGGGCGUCAGUGAAUACGUAUCGGUCGUCGAGGCUUCGGGUCCAGGCUCGCCGAGCUCGCCGCCAGAACAGAGCAUAUCUAUCUGCGCAAUAUUGAAAACGACGUUUAUUGUGCGACAGAGCGACUCGGAGCUGAUGGUGGAGAGCUACAGCGAGGACGAGGAGGAGGCCGAGUCGUCGUUAACCUCGCCCAGGCUAUCGCUCGGAGAUACGGGUUACGACAGCGUAACGUCUUCGACGACAGCGGCGGCGGCGGCCGGUGGCGAGAUCAGAUUGCUCAUCGAACGCAAGGAGGAGCUGGAGAAACGACAGAGGAAGCAGGAUAGGCAUCGGCAACGAGUCCAGGCCAUCCUGCAGAAGUCGUCGUUGUCAGUGGAGAUUGAGGUGAGGCCGAAGCACUUGGUACCGGAUACCAACUGCUUCAUCGACUACUUGGCGCAGCUGCAGAGCAUCGCCAAGGCGACCGCCGGAGCCCAGCCAAUCUACACGCUGAUGGUGCCGCUAGUUGUAUUGAACGAAUUGGAGGGUCUGUCGAAGGGAGCCAAUCCACGGGACUGCGGGCCAAUGUCGAAGGCAGUACUGAAUCCUGGACACGUGGCCCGAGUGGCCGAGAACGCCAAGGCCGGCUUGGCAUUCGCCAGGAGCAGAAAUCCGGCGAUCAGGUGCCUGACAACCAAGGGAACGGUGCUCGCCUCGAGCUCGUUCACCGUCGAGGAGGACGAGACGGAGGAGGCUUUGACGGGCAACGACGACAGAAUCCUUGCUACGUGCUUAAGUCUAUGCAAAUCAAAUAAGGAUCAAGUUAGCGAGGAGGGCCAGCCGAGGCGGGUAAAGCGAGACGUGGUGCUGCUGACGGAGGACCGCAACCUGAGGGUGAAGGCAUUGGCGCGCGACAUGCCAGUGCGCGAAGUGCCGGACUUCAUCCAGUGGGCUGGUCUCAGCUGAAUAAAUGCUCGCGUUGAGUUUCGUUGUCGUGCACUACUUCACCGACCGAGCCUCGUCCCGCAGUGACAUCGGGGCGAUGGUAAGCCUCUAUUACAGGCCGACUCGACUUUUCUUUUCUACACUGCUACCAUGAAAUAUCCGCCACAGAGCUCCCUCUCGUUCACUUUUUUAACAAUUUAUUUAUUAUAUCACACUUUGAUUAUUCUUCUUCGUCGAUGAUCUUUUUUUUUAGCAACCUGUACAUUCGCCACUGAUCCAUUACUAUCGAUGAUAAGCGACGUUACUUUUGUCGUCAAUUUGUUGAUUGUUCUGCAUAGAGAAUAAGGUGAUAAUCGAGCGAUUUGAGAGGAGAUUUUUUUGUCGUCUCACCUACUGCCUAAGUAUAUUAUAAUCAUUCAUUUGGAGCCUGUUGACUUUUACUCCGACUUUUUUAGGAUUCAUUUCGCGCAAUGGCCUUUCAUUUGAUAAUACACUUCUAUAUUCUCGAUCGAUUGUUUGUAGGAAUCCUUAUUUUCUAUGAUACACCAGUAACUUCUUUGUAGUAUCUCAAUUAUUUAGCUUUACGAUUUGAAGUAAACUUUAAUUUUUAAUCUUAUAUAUAUACAUAUAUAUUUUUACGAAAAAGAAAAAAAAACAAACACAUGGAUACGAAUAUUAAAAGUAUUAUUAUAAUGCUGUUUGAAUUAACAAUUUUAUUGAGAGAAUUGUUACUAAGCGAUUAUCCAAUGAAUUAUAGUUUUGUAAGAGAGCUUUAAAAAUUGCUUACUUGAGAAUCAUGAUGCAUUAGUACGAGCUUAUUUGCUUUUCAGAUUUCAUAAGAUUUACUUGAAUUUUUUUGACUUUGAUUAAUAACGAUACAACUUACUUAACUGUCCUAUUGAUUUUUUAAGUAGUUUAGAUUAUUUACUAUAAUUAUUGUAAGCAGCGAUUCACAACAACAAGUAAAUAAACAAAUUAUGCUGAAUAGUAGAUUGAAAUGUGUGAUAGAACCGUGUAAUAAAUAAUUGUUAUAUUAUAUAGUGAAAAAAUAUAAAAGUAAAACAUUGAAAAAAAACUUUAUUCUUAAUGUUACAUAACUGAUCAGACUGUAUAUUAUCUCCUUAAGAGUUCGUCAAAUAUUUUUCACCUUUGUAAUUUUCUUUGCGUACACGUAUGAGUAUCCAUUGCAAACGAGUGAGUCUUGAUUUUAUUUUACGAGCAAUUAACUUGAAAUCAUAAUAUUGAUCGGCUUAGCGUUUCAUCCAAUCAUUGAAAUACGCUGUAAAAUAAGCUUAUUCGAUUAAAAAUUACUUUCAACACUUUCAAACUAUCACUAUUGACAACAACGUUUUAUAAUCUGCAAAACUUUCUAUUAAUUACGAUAUAUUCUGAUAACUGCUAAUGAUGGAAACAAUAUGAAUUCAGUAUUAUGAUAAUUCGAUAAAUAGGAUUUUUAUUCUUUCUGUAUCUCGAUCGUAAUUAUACAUUAUAUGAUAAUGUGGUCAAUUGUAGAUAUCACAAUACUUUGAACCCUCUUCAAAUUAUUCAGAGCUCUUUGAACGCUAUACUAUUAAUAAACAUAUGAUAGAUUAGUUUCAUAAAAAUCGUGAAAAAUAAAUUCGUAUAAUAACCGUUAUUUUCAUACGUGUUGUUACGAUAUGACGCACAAAACAAAGAAGAAAAAAUCUAGAAAUAUAAACUUUUUCUACAUACUUAUGUCCUAUAUAAACUUGCCACAGACUAUUCAGUUUAUUUUGCUUACGGUUACGCUAAAAUAAGAUGAACUAAAAUAAGGUUGAAAGAGGCAUUAACAAAAAGAAAAAGCCAGGACUGACGUUCUGCCUUCUAGCUUAGGAUAACCGUAAUAGGACUAAACAUCUACUGAACCAAACUUAGAUUAAGAUUCAUAUGAUAUUGGUUAUUGUGUACUUGUGUAUACUUUUUGGAACACAUUCCCAAUACUGACAACUACUAUACAGGCAAUGUGCAAUUACACAUUAGACUACCAAUUAGUUGAUGUAUCUUUUCUAAAGUGCACAUUCGAAAAAAAAACUUAUAAAGUACAAACUGCAGUCCAUUCUCAUAACCAUCAUUUCAAAUUAUCACCGGAAAUUUGUUUUUUGCUCAUUUUUACAUGCUGUCUAAUUGAAUUUUAUUACCAUGUACAUAUAUAAACGUGAUCAAAAUUGCGUUAUUCGAAUUUUAUAGUAAUAAAAAACAAUACUUAUAAUAAUUAUCUACGUUUACUUUUGACCGCCAAUGUUUGUUCUGUAACAUACAUUUUCUAAUUAACAAAACACGGAAUGUUCAUUUCCAAGUCAAUUUAACACUUUUCUAAGAAAACUAAUGUAAAAGUAAAAAAAAGCAGGCUAAUUGACCAAAUUUAUAUUAAUUAUUUUUAUUGUUCAAAUCAUUUUUAUGAAAAUUAAUUUCUUUUUAAUUUUUUAAUUGAAAGUACUUAUGAAAAUUUUACUUCUUUCUCAUCAGCGUUCAAUGAUAAAGAAAACUUGUAAGUAAAAGAGAAUUUUUUGAAUGUGGUUGUUAAAAGUACAUAGUUAAUAAUUUGGUAUCGAUUGAAAUUUCAUGUCUAAACCUGUAACUGCCAGUAUAUCUAUGCAUAGAAAAAAAGAAAAGAAUUGAGUGUAAGUAAUUAUAAACGUAACGGUAAUAGAUAAUAAUUUCUUUUUACGGUAAACAUUCAAUGAAAAAUAUCAUUUAUGAUUAGUUAACGAAGUGAAUUAUGAAAUUCGAUAAUGAACGAAGAAAAGAAAGACUAUUUCAUUUGAUAUCAAGACAAAUUAAAUAGCUACUAUUUUGACAAAGUUAGGGUUUGAUUGACGGUUCCUAUUUUCGAUUUCAUUCAUCAACACAAAUUGCGAUAUAUAGGAAAUAUAAGGAAUUCAUGAGUUUCGAUAUUUCAAGAAUAAAAACAAAACAACUUUCUCAAUAAAUAAUAACUACGAUUGAAUAUUAUUAAUCUCUUUAUUUGCCCAAAGUUUCGCUAUCAAACUGGUAGGCUCUUCAGCAAAGUUUCUUGGAGAGGCUACAGUUUCAUAGCGAAACGUUAAGAUAAUGAAGAGAUCGACAAUGUGGCCUGUCAGAUUGUAAUUAAUAUUUAUUGAAAACAUAAAAACUGACGUUAACGACAAAAUCAGUAAUUUACUUCAAUGUUUGUUACUUAAAUUGUCCGCAUAUAUUUUCUCGAGUAAGAAAUAUGUGCGCACAUGCCAAGAGCAACAAUAAGAUCAAGUUUCUGAAAAUUACGAUGGAAAAUAAAUGAAACAACAAAUUCUCUUAUUUAUUUCUAAAAUGCUUGUAGUUGUAAUGAUUAUCUCGUACAUCUUACGAUAACUUGAGGAUGAGUUAAUUAUCUUUUUAUAGGCCUUUCAAUGAUGAAACGAACUGAUUUGGGCCCUUUCUUUAAUAUCAGUUAGUAUAAAAAAAAGAUUAGACGAUUAGCAAGAAUACCUGUAGAUUGUAGAAACAAUAUAAUGAUCAGCCUUGAGACGUAUACAAGAAUCGUUUUCUCCAUCGGCUGAAUAUUGCUAAAUAGCGAAGUACUCUUUCGGAGGCCAAUUUCGAUUAGAUGAAUAAUCUGCAAUGAUUCACUAUGAGCGCUGCAUUGUAGCUGCGUACACAUAGGCGAGGAAUUAAAAUAACACCGUAGGCACUAUAAAAUAAAAACAUCGGCAAAGAUUCACCGGACACGCGAGAAUAUAAGCUACCUUCCAUAAUGGUUUCUUUUUUUUCACUCACUCUAAUUGAGAUACUUUUGCAAUAUUUGUAAAUCAAUAAAUCAAUACUUAUACACAUAUGAAUGAAUAAAUGCAUAUAUUCGUAUUAAGAGAAAAACAGAAAACACUUUAUUAACUUAAGGUCGUUCGUCUACAUUUUUACCUUGUAAAAAUGGAUCAUUGGAGAGGAAAAAAAAUUAAUAAUUAGACUAAUGCGAUAAAUUUACUACGUGAAAAAUAGAAAAAAAGUAUCACCAGCAUAGUGUUACCACUUUGAUUAUUGUAUUCAAUAAACAA